AUGGUUGACAAAACUGUUCGAUAUACCGGACGAUCUCGAGUACAUCGUAUGCUACGCUUUAUGUUCCGUGCAGAAAUUGGCCGUCUUAAGAAAGAAAAUCGAAUUUUAGAUGAACAAAAAAAUAUUGCACCAUUUAUAGAGUGUACAUACAAGAAACAAAAAGAAUUUUCAACUAUUAGUUGUGGUGAGGAUGAUGAUUCAUUUGCUUUUAUUUCACGAUUUCAUGAAAGUGCUUCGACGAAUUUUCGAUGUGUUGAUCGUAUGGAUGUGUUACCAUGUUUAUCAAAUGAUGAUAUAUCGAAAUUUAACAGCACAAAGUUGAAAAGUUUCCCUCAAUGUGCGGGUGUAAAUAAUAUAAGACUUAAAAACACUAUUACACAAGCUUCUUCAAUUGUGGCACCAUCAAUAGAUAUAAAGGAACAUCAGGGUAGAAUACUUCGUCCCAAAGAUUUUUUGGUACAAUGUCCUAAAUGUGCAAUUAAUAGUUUCUUUGGCUGGCGAGAUAUUGGUGAUAUUAAAAGACUUUGUGCACGUGAAAUUAAAACGUAUUCACGUGGUUGGCCACAACAUGCACGUUUCUGUGAUGAAGAAGAUAUACAUGAUGAGCAAGAUUUUUGUCGACUUCAUGAUUUACUUCUUGAAAAGCUUGGCGGUGAAAUGGAAGAAAGUAAUGAAUUAAAAUUUGUUGAUUCAAAUCGAUGA